CCCAGUAGCAUGAUAGCUCCAGGCAUCUCAGUGCUCAUGCGACCCUUGCUAAGUGGACUGAAUGCGAGCAGGAUUCGCUUUAUUCAUCUCCGUGGGGUGACUGAGCAGCAUCGCACAGCACCUAAGCAGGGCUUGGAAAGAGGCUUCAGCUCCAUGCAGAAGCUCCAGGAUGCCCAUGGGGAUUCGAGCUCUUCAGACCAGGUGACGGUGCAUUUUAUAAACCGGGAUGGAGAGCGACUCACGGCCACAGCCAAAGAAGGGCAGAGUUUGCUGGAAGUGGUGAUCAACCAAAACUUGGCCAUUGAUGGAUUUGGUGCAUGUGAAGGGACAUUAGCCUGCUCCACUUGUCACCUCAUCUUUGAGAAGGACACCUUCCAAAAGCUGGAUGCCAUCUCGGAUGAAGAGCUGGACAUGCUGGACUUGGCGUAUGGGCUCACAGAGACAUCUCGGCUUGGCUGCCAGGUGUGCGUUAAGAAGUCGAUGGAUGGUCUGACAGUGCGGGUCCCCAUGGAUGUGUCAGACAUGAGGAGGCAGCUGGAGGUUGGGAAGCAAAGCAAACAGUAACUGGAAACGACUCCUGCACAACUCCCAUCCUCAUUUUAGGUGUGGCAGGGUCCUUUGCUGUUGACUAACACUAUUGCUUUUUGUGGCUGGCUUGCAGUAGACCAUAGAGGUCUGGUUCAGUGUAAAUGCCUAUUUGGCAAAUCUCUCCUUGAAACAAAGCUUAAGUCUAGGGCCUUUGGUACAAGUUUUAAGUGUCCUGCUGAAUACAACUGGAAUAAAGCACAACGGCUCUACGUUUCCCUGGGAGGGUGACAGUGAACAUCUGUGCUGUAUGUGACUCACCCUCUCCUUUGAAAGUUAAGGAAUUCUGCUAUUCUAAGUAACUGCUGGGAAUUUUGCAAGGCUUGGCUCUUUAAUGGUAGAGCAGAAUUCUCCCAGUUUGGGAAGCUUAAGAAGAGGUAGCUGUUGCAAGUACAAGACAGUGUGCUGGUUGGCUUGAUACAGGCAAAAGGAACUUUGUUAGCAAGAACGUAUUGAUAACCAUUUGA